AUGACUGAUUUCCCAGUGUCAAUGUAUCCAUACUGGCAGACUGCGAGUGUUGCAAAUGCCCACGUUCUGGACUUCUGUCACAUCUGGAAUAAACGUCUGCUCAACUUGAGACUGCGUUCAACCCCGCUGGAUCCGGUUUUGGUUCUGUCUGUGUCUUGGUCUGGCCAGCUCAUGCGUAUACCUACCCAAAAGACAUCCCUUAGUGUACAUACUGUACGCGUCGCUCUAGUAUGUCUCGGUUUAAAGGCCUGGUCCGGGCUGUUGAAGAUCAUUGGCGGGCCGGCACCCAAUUGCAAGGGCGGUCCUACCUAUGAGAUAAUUGAUGAUCAGCUAUGCAACCACGGCACGUCUCCUCUCCGUUGA